AUGGACUGGAGGGUGCUGGUGGUUCUUCUGUGGCUCGGCGGCUCGGGACUCUGGGCUCAACAGGUUGCAGAGCCUUCUGGGGACGUCCGGCUGGCCAGAGGUUCCCGCCGCUGCGCCGGGCGCCUGGAGGUCAAAGGUCGGGGGGUCUGGGAGCCAGUGUUGGGUAACUCUCACGGCGACGUGUGGAACCUGACCUCUGCGGCCGCGGCCUGCCGGCGUCUGAACUGCGGCGCCGUGGAGUCUUUAAGACGAGAUCGGAUUGAACCAGACUCCGACUCGGCGCCUUCAAUACUGAAAGAUUUUGGUUAUUUAGAUUCAAUCCUGGAUGAGUCUUUCACCAUAGAGAUCACCUGCUCAGGCAGGCUGGAGGUGAAGCUCGGCCAGUCCUGGUCCCCCGUGAGCGAAAAAGGGUUCGACCAGCGGGAAGCAGAGGUGGUCUGCAGGCAGAUUAACUGUGGGGCUCCAUCAGUCCAGCAGGGGGAGCUCUUCGGGGAAACGGAAACCCCCCAGUGGAGCGCAGAGUUCGAGUGUGGAGGAGGGGAAUCCGCUCUCCUGGACUGUGGCCAAACUGUGACCAACUCCUCUGGCGCUGCUGUGGAGCUCACCUGCUCAGACGACGACCGUCUCCGAUUGGCCGGUGGAGGCGGCAGGUGCGCCGGCAUACUGGAAAUGAGGCACUGGGACGAGUGGAAACCAGCCUUCACGGACCACUGGAUGCUGGAGUUUGCCGUUGAGGUUUGUCGGCAGCUGGACUGCGGAACCGCCGUUUCAACCAGGAAAAGAACGAACGCACAUCGAUACGUUUGGAAACUUGAUCCCGAGGGAGAUCAACCUGAUAUCCUGAAUUUUCCUAUAAAGCUCAGCUUUUCGUCUUUUUCCACAGAAGUCAACUGCUCAGACUCGGUGAGGCUGGUGAACGGGGCCGACCGGUGCUCAGGCCGGCUGGAGGUGAGGUCAGAGCAGUCCUGGUCCUCCGUGUGUGCGAAGGACUUCGACCGGCGGGACGCAGAGGUGGUCUGCAGGGAGGUGGGCUGUGGGCCUCCUCUGGCCCUGGAGGGGGCGCCUUAUGGGGAGGUGGGGGCCCCCAUGGGGGCCACAGAGUUCCACUGUGAGGGGCAGGAGUCCGGCCUCCGGGAUUACUCGGUCAGGCUGGUGAACGGGGCCGACCGGUGCUCAGGCCGGCUGGAGGUGAAGUCCGAGCAGUCCUGGUCCUCCGUGUGUGCGAAGGACUUCGACCGGCGGGACGCAGAGGUGGUCUGCAGGGAGGUGGGCUGUGGGCCUCCUCUGGCCCUGGAGGGGGCGCCUUAUGGAGAGGUGGGGGCCCCCAUGGGGGCCACAGAGUUCCACUGUGAGGGGCAGGAGUCCGGCCUCCGGGAUUGUAGGAGGUCAGCCCCGUUUAGGAGCAGCUGCCCAGUGGGAGAGGCUGCAGCACUCACCUGCUCAGAUGGUCUCCGGCUGGGGGGCGGGACCAGCCGCUGCCAGGGCGUGUUGGAGAUGGAGAACCGGGGACAGUGGCGGCCGGUGGCCGACCUGGACUUUGUGUGGGACCAGAACUGGACCGCCACCGUGUGCGGGAGGCUGGGCUGCGGUGUUGCCGUGGUAACGGUCGUGACGGACGACGCCGACGUGAGGCCGGUGUGGUGGGUGAAGGGGGGGUGCGUGCGGCCGGACGCCGGCCUGAGGGAGUGCCUGACCGGCUUCCAGGCAGGUUUUUAUGACCCUGGCAACAAAUAA